AACCACCAAACCCUAGUGAAUCAAACAAGAAAAAAACAAAAGGUUAGACCAAGUGCCUAAAAAAGUCUAAAUCCUCACCGGAAAUGGCGAAAGAAGGUCUUGGACUCGAAAUAACUGAGCUCCGGCUAGGGCUUCCGGGUGGUAACCCUAAUUCAAUUGAGAAAAAUGAGAAGAAGAGGGUGUUUUCCGAUAUAUCCUCCGGUGAUCGGACUUGUGACCGGAAAACGGAAAAGAAGAAUCAAGUGGUGGGGUGGCCGCCGGUGUGCACGUACCGGAAAAAUAAUAGUUGUAAUGGUGGCAAUGAGGCAUCAAAGAUGUACGUGAAAGUGAGCAUGGAUGGAGCUCCUUUUCUUCGCAAGAUUGAUUUGAAUACUCAUGCAGGCUACCCUGAUCUAGCACUUGCUCUUCAGAAGCUCUUUGGUUGUUUUGGCAUUGGUGAGGUGUUGAAGGAUGCAGAAAGUUCGGAAUUCGUACCAAUCUAUGAAGACAAUGAUGGAGACUGGAUGCUAGUUGGAGACGUACCAUGGGAAAUGUUUAGUGAAUCAUGCAAGAGGCUGAGGAUCAUGAAGAGAUCAGAUGCCAAGGGUAUUGGACUUCGUGUGAAAAGCUCACUCAAGAAUGUUCCAAAAGAUGGAUCAUCCAAAUAUUGCUAGUGAAAUUAAUGGAGUACAAAAAGACUCAUUAAUUUCUCUAUUCAUCUAGACCUUUUCUUUUUUAUCUUUUUUUUUAUUUAUUAUUAUUUGUAUUUUUUGUUUGUUUUGGUGUUCGUUUAUGAAAUCAAGCAGGUAAUACUUGCUUGAAUUGUAACGUGUGCCUCCCAUGUUAGGUUGGAUAGAACCCUAUACAUGGAAGAUAAUUUGCCUUCCCAAUGGAUAUUAAAUUUGUAUUUAUUUUUAAUUAAUGUCUUUAAGAGUAGAAUAUAUCCUUUGUCA